AUGGCAGUGGAGAAUCGAGCGUGCGAAUGUCGUGAGAGAAUGAAUGGCCCCGACGCUGGCGAGCGAGACGGGCUUAGCGCAGGUGGUCUGUGCGCGGUGCCCAAGGACAAGGCCAGGAGGGAGCUGGGAGGGCUAGAGGGCAUUAGUCACCGAGGGGUUGCAGGAAGCGCGGUCUCAAGAUAUCAGCAUGUGGCUGGCGUGGCCGUGGCGGCGGCCGCCGUCCCCGAGCCACAACGCGGGCAGAGUGGAGGCGAGGGCCGUCGGGGGCUCUGGGGCGACAUGUUGCAUCGAGGACAGGAUAUGCACGCAUCAAAAGAGAGAGAGGGUGGAUGA